CCUGCACUUUGGAGCAGAUCCGAGGAGGUAAUUUCUCUUCGAUUAUCCUACUUUCUUAUUUAUUUUAUUUUUUCAUUUCAACACUUAGUUUCUGGUCAAGGUUUGAUUUUUCUUGAUUUCUUAGAUCAAAUUAUAAAGCAUUUUUUAGAUUAAAUCUUAAACCAUGGUUGUUGUUUUUUUUCUUUUUUUGAUCCAAGUUAUUUUAUUUCUAGGGCUUUGCCUCGUUUUGGGUUUUUAUUCGGAACUGUAAUAACUAAGUUUUUUUUAUUGAAAAUGAUCAAGAAUAACAUCAAAGUUUUCAAAAUACGUCUAACAUUAGCAUAGGGAUCAUCUUCUGAGACACAAGCAACAUCAAGAGCACCAAAGAUACCAACAAUGCAUAGGUUCAAAAUACCGAUUUUUGAUUAAUUCUUAGACUGGUUUAACCCUAGAAUAACCAAUUUUGGCUAUUUUUGUUACCUGUAUUAUUAUUGUAUGUUUGGAAAAAAAAUGUUGACUAUUAAUGGAUCUGUGUUACUAUACCUUUAAAGUCAACUUUGAGAAAUGGUUGGAUAUUUGGAUCCUAACACCUAUACUCUUUAGUAGUUUUGAUGUGUUAAUCUUUAUCCAAACCAAACCAUUCAAGCGUCAUGGGAUGGUUAUAUUUUCUUCUUCAUAUUAAAUUCUGAAUCAACAUUGUAAAAUAGUCUGAAUGUGGUUAUUAUUUGUUGUUUGCUGAAAAUCCCCGACAGUCUAGUAGCCGGUCCGAUUCUUAAUUAGGGUAUUACCAUUCUUGAUAUAUGAAUCUGUACCAUUUUUUUUCCAGAAAAAUAAAUAAAUGAAAAUCGAAUUUUUAUAUAUUUUUUUCCAAGUAAACCAAACUCGAGAAUCGUCCACAUACAAAAAAAAUAUACUACCUCGGUUUCUGGCGAAAAUGAGAAGUGAUAAUAUCUCUUAUUUUGAAACGGAGGGAGUAAAUAAUAAUUUUGUGUGGUCCCAAACUUAUUUUUAUAUGGAGAUUUUACGCUAGAUAACAAAUCUGUGUUCUCGCAAAGUUAUUCUCAAUAAUGUUUCAUAAUAGAGGUAGGUUUUGCUACCAAGUCUAAAUAAAUUCCUUUAUUCACAUAAAUAACGACCAAUUUUUUGGGACGACCUUUUACAACUCUGAUAGUUUAUCUCUUAACAUUACAAAUGUUGGGGGUUGUAUGCAGUUAAGCUUUUCUCUCAUCUCCCACUCCUUCUGAAACCUAUAAAAUCUUCAUUGCCGCCAACCUUUCUGCAAAUUGCUUUCAUUUUUUUUUCCGUGGAUAAUUAUAUAGUAGUUUAUGCUAGGGUGGUUUAGGUUUUUGCUUUGAUAUCCACUGCUUUUAAGAAAUUUUAAUGGUGUUUUUAUAUGCGUUUUAACCUUUAUCCUUGUUUUCUCUUUACUUUAGAUUCUCUAUGCCCUCUCAUGAUGAUCUUUGCAGUUUUUAUGAACAAUUUAGUGGAAAAUUUUCAAAUAUGAUAGCAAAAUGGUUGGAUAACUACCCAGAUAUCAUUCAUUCAGUUUUUGGAUUGCUUCGUACUCAUGUUAGUAUUUCGCUACUUAUUAUCACAAAAUACUCUGUCAUUAAUACCUCUUGCUAUUGAAUUUCACAAAAUACCUCUGUCAUUAAUACUUAUUGUUCACUAAUAAAGUUUUAUCCGAUUUUAUCAAAAAUAAUAUUACGGGUUAAUUGUGAAGAUUUUGGUGUCCAUGCAUGUCAUUGACAGUUGAAAUCAACCUUUGGACCUUCGCCAAAUACAAACAGUAAACUUCUCAAAACAAACACGUUUUAAUAGAGUUGGAACUAAGCUUUACACACCUUACACAAAACCUACCUCCACUUUAGAAAAGAAAAUAAUAUAAAACAAAGCCAACCACCAUUCUUUAGGAAAAUAGCAGGAAAGGGAAGAAAAAAACAGAAAGAAAAUGAAAACUUACCAGACUAUUUGUCGUAGUUAAGGUUAGGUUUGCACCAUCAAUUCAUCCAUCUUGUAGCUCAUCUGGUAUGAGUCGGUCCAAACAUCUGCUCCAUAUAAUACGGCCAAACAUGAAGGUAUGUACUGCAAAAGUAUCCAAUGUCCAGUUUCUCUUUGGGUAUUUUUAAAAGUAGUGAAUUGGCCAAAAUUAGCACGGUAAAAACACAUUGGAUUCCUGAAAAACAUUUAAUGGGUAAUAAAACAAUUAUUUUAUAACUGGAAAAGAAAAAAAAAAUGCACGGAAACAAAGUAUUCCAAUCUCUAUCACAAAAUUCACAAGACCAAUCAAAUCCAACAGCUCUCGUCGCUCUGAUCGCCAUUAAAACACAAAAAUUAGCGCGUGAUACUCGGGAGUGACACCUAUGAUCUCACUAUACGUGGAUCCCUACCGCAACAUCUGAACCACUAAUACAAUUCCACGUUUCAGAUCACUCCCCACAACUACUAAUAAUUUUAUCACUUUUACUAGUAGUACUGGAGUACGACUUAUUUUCUAGGGUUUUGUCUGUCUUAUCGUUUUGGGUUGAAAUUUUGGCGGGCAAAAUUUCGACAAAUUUUUUAAAAAUUCACAUAAUAAAAACGCAAACCCUAGGAGAAGGAAACAAGAAAGAGAAAAGAGGAAGAGAGGAGAGAGGCCCAUUUUAUAUUUCCCACCUCUUCUUUCUCUCUAGGGUUUUGCUGUUUGGCCGUGUAAGUUAUCGAUCUAGUAUUCAGCCUCUGCUGCGAAACCCUAGUUAUCAUGUUUGAUGUUUACUGGGUUUUAAUUUAAUAGUUCGUCAAAGAAAAUUUGGGCGGAAUUAGUUAGGGGAUUAAUAGUAUGUGAAAUUGGGGGAAAUUUCAAUUUAAUUUUUAAUUUAAUUUAAGUUAUUAGUAUGGGGAAAGUUGUCCCCAAGAAUAAGGAAUCGGCGACGGGGAGGAAGCAGAAUAGGAAGAGGGGAUUGAGGGGUUCUUUAGAUGUAAAAAAAGAGUAUGUAAAGCCUGGUGCAUUGGCUCAGUUAAGGUAUAGCAGUAGGGCGAGUUCUGCUAAGUUAUGUACUGAUUUGGGUAAGAAAAGGGUUGUGAUGUUGGAUUCAUCGCCGUCGUCGUCUAAAACAAAUAGUAGCAGUAGCAGUGGUGAUUUGGCUCUUCCUACUGAUUUUGUUGUUCAGACUCCACCGACUAGGUCACCUGAGAGGGUUAAUUUGAGUCCAAUUGUUGGGUUUGGACCAGUGGAUCUUGUGGUUAAUAGACUUAAUAGAGGGCCUAGAACGCCUAAGACACCUCGAUGGGAACAUCUGGGGUCAGACUCGAGGCUGGAAUCUCUUCCAAUGGACAUACUGGUUAAACUCCUUUGCCACUUGCAUCAUGAUCAGCUAAGACCUGUUUUCCAUGUUUCUCAGAAAAUUAGAAAGGCGGUACUGAUGGCUAGGCAGUUUCACUUCAAUUACACAACCCCAGAUCGUGUUCGGCAGGAGAUGCUGAGAACAAAAACACCUCUCCCCACUGAACACUGGCCAUUUGUGAGUAAAGGAGAAGGUAAGGGUGUUUUUUGUUCCAGCCCCCACACACCCAAAGCACCUAGACAUGGUCCUCGGCCUCCUUCUCGUUACAAGGACGCAGAGGUCAGACAAAUUGCAGCAGUCCUCUUCCAGGAGUCGGCAUUAACAUCCAAGUUUAUUGUUCCCCCAAGCUUGUCCAAGUCUGUAUGCAAAUCUCUUGCAUCGACUAGGGCGUUAUUCUGUGAGGAUGAGUUAUGCCAUGCUGUAGCUCAGAAUAAGCUUCGUUGAGUUUUAUUUCAAACUGUCUGCUUUUUUCUCUCUGCUCCCUUUUUUGUUCUAUAUGUACAUAAGUUUGUCUUUCCAUUAUUUGGUUUUCUCAUAUAGGUAUAGUAGUAAAGAUUGCAGUUCUGGAUUUUGUGAUUGUGGUAGUCCAUCUCUUAUUUAAGAGAUGCUUCAUUGUAUAGUUUGUUAUUAUGAUAUUUGCAGUUGCAAGUGUCUGACAAUCUCCAACAAGACAUUAAUAAGAAGUGGAGGCUUCACAGUUUUUUACUCU